GUGGUACGCACGCUCCCCGGGCUGUUGUGUCAUCAUUCGCCCGUCCCGUCUGUUGCCUGCUUCUCGUUCGUUAUCCGUACCUACUUCCCCAUCCCUUCCCCAUCCCUUCUCCAUCCCUCCCCUUCCAGGUUCCCACCUGCAUCAACCAUCAUCUGCCCGAUUCUCCCAACAUCUUCUAUUUCUUUCGUCUCCUCGCUUGGAUUGACUCCUUCCCGUCUUUCCUUUGGGAUAACUUAUCCCUAUCUUGAUUAUCCACCCCGUCCUAGGUGCAUCGAAGGUCGCCCACCAUGAAGACCACCGCUCUCACGGCAGCUGUGUUGCUUGGGUCCGCCACGGCCGAGGUCCACAAACUCAAGCUCAAGAAGAUCCCCUUGGCCGAGCAGCUGGCUACCGUCCCGGUUGACAUCCAGGCGAGGCAGCUUGGCCAGAAGUACAUGGGCAUCCGGCCCGAGAACCACCUCGAUGCUAUGUUCAGCUCCAAGCCCGUCCAGUCUGACGGCAUGCACCUGGUUCCCGUCACGAACUUCAUGAAUGCCCAAUACUUCUCCGAGAUCACCAUCGGAACGCCUCCUCAACCCUUCAAGGUCGUCCUUGACACGGGCAGCUCCAACCUCUGGGUGCCCUCUGAGAAGUGCACGAGCAUCGCCUGCUACUUGCACAGCAAGUACGACUCGUCGUCAUCCUCGACCUACAAAGCCAACGGCUCUUCGUUUGAGAUCACCUAUGGCUCUGGCAGCCUGAGUGGCUUCGUGUCCCAGGACACCAUGACCAUCGGAGACGUCAAGAUUGAGAAGCAGGAGUUCGCCGAGGCGACCAAGGAGCCGGGUCUCACCUUCGCCUUUGGCCGUUUUGAUGGCAUCCUCGGCCUCGGCUAUGAUACCAUCUCGGUCAACAAGAUUGUCCCUCCUUUCUACAACAUGAUCAAGCAGGGUGCCAUCGACGAGCCCGUCUUCGCCUUCUAUCUUGGCGACACCAACGUGGAAGGCGACGAGAGCGAGGCCGCUUUUGGCGGUGUCAACAAGGACCACUACGAGGGCGACAUCACCUAUAUCCCGCUCCGCCGCAAGGCUUACUGGGAGGUGGAUAUUGACUCGAUUAGCCUGGGUGACCAGACGGCCGAGCUCGAGAACACCGGUGCCAUCCUCGACACCGGCACGUCGCUGACCGUUCUCCCGUCGUCCCUGGCGGAGAUGCUCAACUCCGAGAUCGGUGCCAAGAAGGGCUGGAACGGCCAAUGGACGAUCGAUUGCGCCAAGCGGGACGAACUUCCGGACAUCACCUUCGCCUUGAGCGGCUACAACUACAGCAUCUCGGCGCACGACUACAUCCUCGAGGUGAGCGGCAGCUGCAUCUCCACCUUCCAGGGCAUGGACAUCCCCGAGCCGGCCGGUCCUCUGAUCAUUCUCGGCGAUUCCUUCCUGCGACGCUGGUACUCUGUCUACGACCUCGGCAGGAAUGCCGUCGGUCUGGCCAAGGCCAAGAAAUAGAUUCAACAGCUUAGCUAGGAUCGCAUGACUUGUUGGCUAUGGUUGGCCGCCACCUACCUACCUCUCUUUUGUAGUUCAAUUCGAAGACGCAGUUUCAGUUUCGGGGGGUUUUUUUUU